AGAAAAAAACCCAUUUGUCACCUUUUUCUCAAACCCAUAAAUUUUCACAUAUUCAAUCAUCUUUAUCAUGAUAUAAUCUUGGCAACAAUACAACAAACCUCAAUAUUUUAAUAUUGUGAUAAAAGUUGAUUGCAGAUUGUUAAGAUGAAAUUCUAAUUGUGAGUUUUGAUUUCUACAAUCAUCUUUCUAUACAAUAACAACACAUUAUUUUCCAAGGUCAGAGAUGUUGAUUUUGUGCGCCUAUCUUUGACAAUGUUCAAAUCAUCAUUAGAAUCUGAAGCUUCUAUGAAUCAGAAACAAUUGGAAGAUGAGAAGCAAACUGAAGAAACUAUUGUCAAUAAAUUUGGAGAGGAUUUUACAACUUGCAUUUAUGUAGCCAAAAUUGCACAUUUUUAUCAUGCCAUAACUACAACAUGGUCCAAAAACAUGACUAGCCAUACCCUUGAUAUCAUAGUGGAACACCUUUCUGAAGAAAGACAUUUCACAUGUAAAAUUGACCUAAAAUCUUGGCAAUUUUGGGGUAAGAAGGGUUUGAAAUCAUUCAGAGUGGGUGAGAAGCGCACGGACAUCUACUGGGAUUUGAGAUCAGCCAAAUUCUCAACCAGACCAGAGCCUGUAUCAGAUUAUUAUGUGGCAUUGGUCUCAGAAGGGGAGAUGGUAUUAUUACUAGGCGAUCAAAAUAAAGAAGCAUUCAAGAGAACAAAAUCACUACCAGCCAUGCUAGAUGCUUCAUUAUUACACAAAAAGGAAACUAUAUAUGCGAAAAAAUGCUUUUGCACAAGAACAAUGUUAGGGCAAGGGAAAAAACAACAUGAUAUUACUAUUGAAUCUGUCCUUUCAGGUCCAUCUGAUCCUGCUAUGCAAAUCAGUGUGAAUGGAACUGUAGCAAUUCGGAUCGCGAAUUUGCAUUGGAGAUUCAGGGGAAAUGAGAAGGUUUUUCUGGAUAAUGUACCUGUUGAGAUCUUCUGGGAUGUGCAUGAUUGGUUAUAUAGUGGUCCUAACUAUGGUCCUGGAUCUUUCAUUUUCAAGCAAGGGAAAUUGGAAGAGAGAUAUUCAGACUCUGAAAGCAAUAUCAAUGAUGAAAAUUGUGAUUUGCAAUCUCCAUGUACAGAAUUUUGUCAUUUUCUUUAUGCAUGGAAGACUGAAUAAUAAUGAUUAGUUUCUUUGAUAAAAUUGCAAUAAUAUGAAGAAAAAAAAUAUAUAUUAAAUAA